AGGAAUGCGUCACAGGUGGAAAGUCUGCUUCCCCAUCAAAAACUUUGGUCAGCUGUCUACAAUGGCGAAAUCGCACUGGCAUAUACCUCUAUGACUCAGUGGAGAAGCUUUCCAAGAUGUAUCCAAGUCACAGGCUAAAUUUUUCUCCUCACACUUUCAUCACCUCAUCAUCAACUUCUUCCCUUCAGGUAUCAUCACAACCGUGACUAACCCUGGUCACUCACCAAUUGACUUUAUUCCGAUAAGUCAAACUUGAUCAACUCGAAUCGACAGAAUUCAGUCACAAUGUCUGCUUUGACGGAAAUCUCGCUCCCAAGCUUUCAAAAGAUUGCUUCGGGCAAAGUGCGCGACCUAUUCGAGCUGCCAGACAAGAACACCCUUCUCUUUGUUGCCUCCGAUCGUGUCUCUGCAUACGAUGCUGUUCUGAAGAACCCAAUCCCUGACAAGGGCAAGAUCUUGACACUCGUCUCGGCCCAUUGGUUCCAAGUUUUGACAGAGCGCAUUCCCGGUCUCCGCACCCAUUUCAUCAGUCUCGAUAUUCCCGAGGGCAUCACUCCUGAAGAAGCAAAGACCAUCAGGAACCGUUCGAUGGUCGUGAAGAAGCUUUCUGUCAUCAAGAUCGAAUCAAUUGUACGAGGUUACCUGACAGGUUCAGCUUUCAAGGAGUACAAGCAGAAGGGAACCGUCCAUGGCAUCACCGUCGAGCCUGGUAUGGAAGAAGCCCAAAAGUUCAAGCAGCCUAUCUGGACUCCAAGCACCAAGGCUGAUGCUGGAGAACACGACGAGAACAUCCACCCUGAUGACGCUUGGAAAGAGGUUGGCGAUCGUGAGACUGCAGACCGGGUUAAGGAACUUUCCCUCAAGAUAUACGAGGAGGCCGCCAAGUAUGCCGAAGAGCGAGGCAUUCUCUUGGCUGACACCAAGUUUGAAUUUGCCAAGGAUGGGGAAGGAAACAUCUACCUCGUCGAUGAGGUUCUGACCCCUGAUUCUUCUCGAUUCUGGCCAGCAGCCGGCUACAUGCCUGGCCGCGACCAGGACAGCUUUGACAAGCAGUUCAUUCGCAACUGGCUCACUAAGGAAGGACUCAAGGGCAAGGAGGGCGUGGAGCUACCCCAGGAUAUCGUUCAGGCUACAGCAGACCGCUACCGAGAGGCCUUCCUCAUGUUGACUGGUAAGAAGUUCGAGGAUGCUAUUAGCCAGUAGGUGGCAGAUACAAGUGUGUAUCAAGAUGGGGUAUCAAAUCAUCAUCACUAUGACUGAGGUUUGAUUUCUAGCGCUAUAUCAAAGCUACAGCCACUUACAUUCCUAUGUAGGAUGGCUGGCUGUUUUCUACCUCUAUCUUUGAAAUUUCCAGCACUUGUUUGAAUUUGUCCGUCAUAAGUUUGAUUAUCCUUUUCCACUGCCAUUCAGGCUAAGAAAUCGCUUUAUGGAUUCUAGAAUUAUUAGCAUUGGUACUUGGCCAUUAAUGCAAUAAUCAUUGACAUACCUCCGAAGCCCCUCGGUAACAGUUCUUGGAUCUUGCGAAUAUACCAUUCGGAACCAUCCCGGCUCGAUAGAAUGCUCCUCGCAAGGGUGCAGAAACACACCCAUCUUGUGAAACCUUUUCGCCAGAGCAAAUUCUUGAUUCGAAUCUCCGUCGAAGUCGGAUGGAAGGUACGGGGAUAGAUCAACCCAGAUAAAGAACCCUGCGUUGCUGCCGGGUAAGUACUUGAUACCCAUGUCACGGAGCUGGGACGUGAUAUGGCGGUGGGCUUUGGCAAGCUUCAGCCGUGAAGAGUCAAUAAAAGCUCGACACCACUCUCGAUCCUCAAGCAUGGCACUUCCGAUAGCUAAGCUGGCUCCAGAGGGGUUAUUGAAUCGCAUGGCCGCUUCGAUAGCCCGGAGGACAGGUUGGCUGCGAGUGAUUAUGGCACCAAGCCGAAGACCAGCUGCACCAAAGUCUUUGCUUAGACCAUAGGUGACAUGAAGAAGUUCCGGAUCUAUAAGAUCAGUCGGAUUGAUUGAAAGUAUCGAGGCAAAGGGGGCUGCGGGCUCGUCUGUAUCGAAGACGGAGCAGGCGUAUAUCUCAUCGCUCAGAAGAUGCAGUCUAUGCUUUUGACAGAAUUGCAUUAUACUGAUGAGCGUUGAUUUAUGAUAACAGCGUCCUGGAAAUUAUUAGGUCUUCGGGCGAGAAAAGUACAAAUACCUUCUUACCAAGAGGGUUAUGGGGAUUAACGAUUAGCACCAUCUUGACAUUGACGCCGGCCUUUCGAGAGCGCAACAACGCUUCCUCGAACUUUUCGACAAUGUCAUCUUGAAACGCUUCUUCUAUCGUAUUGUUGGAGUAUACGACUCUGACUUGAGACAUGUUGCCGAAAUCAAGCUCGAAUCGGCCAUAUACAGGCCUGCUAGCCAGGACACCAUCACCAGGGUCUGCAAUUCCCCAUGCGAGAAUAUCAUGCAUUGCGGUAGCAGCACCAACGCACCGAAUCAUAUGAGGAGUUACAGGGCUAUAAGGUUGAAGGUAUUCAUUGAGAUGGGCCGCUAGUGCUUUGGGGAAGCGAGAACCCCCUGCAUGGCUACCUCGAUAGAGGAAAUCCUCAUGGGAGAUGACGACCUAUGCGUGUCAGUUAUAAGCUGAUCUGGUUUUCAGGACUGGCGAACGCGCUCAUACAUUCUUGUCUGUGAACUCCUUCAAAUCCUCCGUCACCAAAGCCUAGUAUGGUCAGCAUUCUGAAGCGCUGGUCAAAAGGCCCUCGUACAUGUUCAGCUGUGCCAAAUGAUAUCAAACCAUUUGGGUUAUGAUCUGCAUCAUAGUCCCCUCUCGGUGCGAAUCUCCAUGGAAGGUCCAGUCCGCCAACUGCCUCUGUGGCUCGUUGUGAUAGGAAACCCAUAUUUGCAUCGGAGAAAUCGAGGUUGAUCAGCAUGGUGAAGACAUCACUUGAGAGAUAUGGUCUUGUAAUAGCGGGGCUGAUGAGUCAGCUGUCUAAGGAGAUCUGCAAUACUUGCUCAAACUGACUCUUACUGGCCUUUGAUAUUAUACAAUUAGAAAUUCGGUUAAUGAUGGGAGGUCGUCGAUUGAUACACGAAGUGAGAUUUUGGGUGUGAGAUAAGGAUGUAUCUUGUAUGUCCCCGCUGGCGUUGCCAGCCAAGAUAUUAUAUACGUACUUCUAAUAAAUAGACGCGAUAUUGACGAAGAACCUUGAUGG